ACAGUAACGCGCGUUCGAGCCCGGUAAUUACCCCUUUUCAUUUUUUUUGUCUUCUUCAUCACUAACCCUAAUCUUUCCAACCGACUCGCUCUUUCUCACUUCUUACUGGGUAUACGAUUUGGAUUGCGUUCUUCCAUGCUUCCCAAGUCCGUCGGAUUUGAAUAAGGAUGCCGGCAACCAAUCGCUCUUUGCCUACUUCUUACUGGGGCAUUGUGUUGUUCUUCUUGGUUGCAAGUGGUUCGUUCGUGUACUAUCGAAAGAAGCAGACAGGAACAAUGCCAGGUGCAGACACAUUCUAAUGCGUCCAAGCGUAGUUUUAUACCAGCUUCCUUUCGCUCGUUCAGAUUUGGUGCAUGACUGAACAAAGUCUGUUCGAACUGAGACUUGAUUCUCAAUUGCAAACUAGUAAGAAGUUCCAAGGUAACGUGUUCCCCUGCUUGAUUAUAGCUCUCCAUAACUCUUCCUAUGAUAAAAUUUCUGAAUAAGGAUGAAUC